AUCACAUUCUUCUAUCCUGAAGUCUUCCUGCUAACGACUCACACACUGAUCAAGAACAGAGAAAAUAACGAAGACACUUCUCAAUUGUAUCAAAAUGUUGUUUGCUAUCGUAAUUCUGCUCAGUGGUUUCGUCCAUUCAAGCAUGUGCUGUCCACCAGAACUUGAUGGUUAUUGCCAUGAUUGGGUGAAGCUGAACACCGCGCCCGUCUGUUUCAUGACUAAAGAUAACAAGCCCGGUUCGUUUACUCCCACAAGUCAUGGCUUUCUCACCGCUGUAAAGCUUGUCCAUCUGAGUGGUUACGUUACCUGUGAUUCAAGGACGCACCAAAAUGAUAAUAACUGGGGAUGCAAGGACCGUGCAAGUGUAAAAGACGCUCCGCUGAACACGUUCGUUACUGACAAAAAUAAUAAAGUAAUGUUCCCUCUAACUGGAGUAUUUUACAACGAGCAAUAUGCCAAAACAUCCAAAUACUAUGGCAUACAAGAGUAUGAUCCAAUGUCCCCCGAUAUUGUCCUCCAGCAUGGCUUGAACUCCCCGUCAGACUACGUCGGCCCUGACUCACAACUUCGUGUGUGGUAUGGGGAAGACUUGUUCAAUACGAACGAAGGGGAUAACGGAGGAAAAGCAUGUGUAGACGUCUUCGGCUACUUUGUCUGAGCCAAAGCAAUGCAAUAAGUACGUCCAAUAAGUAAUGCCCAUGCAGUUGUUAGCUAGACUGCCGUUUAAGGUAAAUAAAACAUGAAGGAUGUAAAGCGACCUUGAGAA